CGCGUGCGUAUCCAGACGUGGCAACGGCAUCAUGGCUUCUUGGAACCGCUACGGGAGUGGGAUGAGAGAGCUGAAAAUGUACAUAUUCGUCUUGUUGGUGUGCCUGGCGUCUGUGCUGCAGGCGGCGGUGAAGGUCUCUCCUCUGAUAGAGAAGGUCAGCGACCACAAGGACUUAAAGAAGCUCCUGAGGACCCGAUCUAAUGUCCUGGUGCUCUACACUAAGUCAGCUACCUCCGGGGACUCUAAGUUCAAGCUGCUGUCUGACGUGGCCCAGGUCGUCAAAGGACAGGGCACCAUCGCCUGGGUCAACUGUGGGGAUUCAGAGGGUCGUAAACUGUGUAAGAAAGUAAAGGUAGAUCCCAGCUCAAAAAGUGGUGGAGCAGAACUCCUGCAUUAUAAAGAUGGGACAUUCCAUACAGAAUACAACAGGCCUGCUACAUACAAGUCCAUGGUGGCGUUUUUAAAAGAUCCCACAGGAGCCCCUCUUUGGGAGGAGAACCCAGAAGCUAAAGAUAUUGUUCAUGUAGAAACUGAAAAAGACUUCAGAAAGCUUCUGAAGAGGGAGGAGAGGCCGAUCCUUAUGAUGCUCUACGCCCCAUGGUGUGGUGUCUGUAAGAGGAUGCAGCCUGUAUUUCAACAGGCAGCUACAGAGACCAAGGGUAAAUUUGUGCUGGCUGGGAUGAACGUGCACCCAGCUGAGUUUGAUGGCCUCAAGCAGGAGUACAAUGUCAAGGGCUACCCGACCUUCUGCUACUUUGAGAAGGGGAAGUUCCGGCACCACUAUGAAAACUAUGGGGGCACAGCCAAGGACAUCACUGACUGGAUGAAGAAUCCCCAGCCCCCCCAGCCGAAGGUCCCAGAGGUCCAGUGGUCGGAGACUGACUCCCCUGUCUUUCACCUGACUGACGACUCCUUCGAUGGGUUCCUGGCUGAACACCCAUCUGUCCUGAUCAUGUUCUACGCUCCAUGGUGUGGCCAUUGUAAAAAGAUGAAGCCAGAGUAUGAGGAAGCCGCUGAAUACCUCAAAGACACAAAUAGCCCUGGGGUUCUGGCAGCCGUGGACACCACCAUUCACAAGGCGGUGGGAGACCGCUUCAAGAUCUCCGGCUUCCCCACCGUCAAGUACUUUGAGAAGGGAGAGGAUAAGUUCACUCUACCCCACCUUAGGAGCAAGGACAAGAUCAUUGAAUAUCUACAGAACCCCCAGGCGCCCCCUCCCCCAGAGCAGUCCUGGGAAGACAAGCCGUCUGGUGUCAGCCAUCUUGGAAUGGAGGACUUCAGGGAAGUUUUGAAGAAGAAGAAGCAUGCCCUCGUCAUGUUCUACGCACCAUGGUGUCCCCACUGUAAGAACGCUGUCCCUCACUUCACCACAGCAGCAGAUCUCUUUAAAGAGGACCGCAAGAUAGCCUAUGUUGCAGUGGACUGCACUAAAGGACAGAACCAGGAGCUGUGCAAGCAGGAGAGUGUGGAAGGCUACCCCACCUUCAACUACUACAACUACGGCAAGUUUGCAGAGAAAUACAACGGAGACCGAGGGGAGGCAGGAUUUAUAGAUUUCAUGCGCAGCCUGCGGGGGCGGGACCAGGGCAAGAGGAAAGAGGAGCUUUAAGGCAGGGUGUGGAGAGGGGGAGGAGCCUGUCGUUGCACUGUGACCGUGGCAGGGGCCUCUUAGCACUGACAUCACGUGACGUCGUUUUGAUGUGAAAUCACGGGGCGGAGACUUGAGAACCUCAGUUUCAGGGGAGAUGCUAUAUGAAUACGCCGGGUACCUACAUUGAUGACAUGUUGCGCAGCUGGGAGUCGCAUGGAUUCUGUUCAGUCAGUCGUCCCGAUGAGCCGUUCCCAGCCAGCUAGUUCAUGUGGGAAACAGCAUGGCGCUAGUUAUUUCUUUUUUUUUUUUUUUACAAAAAGUGAUGUGUAAUUCGAUGGGCGAGGGAAUAAUGGUUACCAUGACAUGCCUAUUUAGCUAACGUAAUGACCAGUGCAACGAUGUUGUCGGUGCUUCCCACUGAGCAGCAUUUGCUUCACUGGCAGCUGUAUCAGCUAAUGUAGCCAAUUUGUUCCAUCCCACUUGAGUAGGAUAGCAGCCUACACGAGAAAUAACUUGUAAUAUUGGUAGCAGAGACUGGAACCAAAAUAAUUUAGGUCUGAACAGACAUAUUUUUUUCAUUUUAUUCCACUGUUCCGACCAGCAAAAGAAAGUUUGAACCGUUUCGAACCCCAAAAAAGUAGAGGUUUUAUCUUUUUUUUACAUUUAGCUCAACAUUAAGUUACUUCACUAAUGGAUAAAGCAGUAUGGUGCAGGCAAGCUAUGUACAUGCUUUGGAUGUAGUGUAGAGUGACAUGCGACAAUGUUUGCAGGUGAGUGCACUGGGCAUUUUGUUAUGACAUGCAUUAUCUGAAGUAGGCCACAGCAUCUUACCUACGGAGGAGUGGCUUCUAUGAAGGAUCUCUGAAAGUCUUUGAACUUUAGUUUGCUUAACUAACGUUGGACCAGAGCUAGCCCUUGAUCAUUACACUCAGUUCCAGCUAACAAGCUGUGUGUGCAGAGCGGCACCAGAAGUCAAAUGAAAACACAUGUUUUUGUAGUUAAUAAAUGCGAAACGUGAUAAUAUAGUUAAGUAGCGUUGAAAAAGUGAAUCCAAUCUCUAAUUUAAAUGUCUCUCCCUAAUUUCUGAAUCAUGCCUGAGCACCUCGGUCCUACAGUCGGAGGGAAAUAACUAGAUAGCUGUCAUCUUGUUCUGAUAUCGGUUGCUCAUUUAUUGUAGUGAUGUUCACAGAAUGUACAAUUACGGCAUUAUCUACAUUGUUACCCCGAUUUUAAAAACAAAAUUACUUUGAUAAAAACAGUGAUUCUGAACUCUCCCAAGUCUUGAAAUUCGGGGGACAAGUUUCAAAUUCUCGUUGAAGUUUCUAGACGCAAGCAUAAACUAGUUAGCUGGGGAGGGCUCACUAGUACGACUGGACUGACUGAACUGAAUCCAUUCGUCAACAACUCUCGUUGCACCACAUGUCAUACAUUUUGGGCACCAGGCGUGUCCAUAUAGCCUCUCCCAGAACACAGCUAUUUUUUAUCGAACAUGUUUGUAAUGCCAGUGGCCACUUUCUUUUUAAAAAUAUUUUGAUGGAAUGAUAAAAUCAAACAGAACCAGAAAGAAAUCAGCAGGAAUGUUUUUCCCAAAUACUGUGACUGCAUUUGUGGAAAGCUACACCUUACUGCAGGGUAUCCCAAACUCAGUCCUCGGGACUCCAAGGUGUGCACGUUGUUUAUUUGCCCUAGCACUACACAGCUGAUUCAAAUCAACCAAUCAGGCUUUGCGCUUUUGAAUCAGCUGUGUAGUUUAGUGCAGAAAACUAAGUGCACACUUUGGGGUCCCAAGGACCGAGUUUGGGAAACACUGCCUUACUGUAUCUAUGCAAUACCAGACUGCCCCUUCCCACUCCUGAGAAUCUGUGAUUUGGUGGGCGAGCUGUGGUUGUGUUGUAGCUGGCUGUAGGUGCCACAUGCAAGGAUCACUACACUACUGUCCUAUCCACCUCGGUUUGUUGCCCUGAAGAGGAAUAUGAUCUUCCAAUAUUACGGUUUCAAUAUUUUUGUACAGACCGGCCUGUCAUGUUAAGUCUUGUGUUGUUUCAGGAGGACAAUGAUCUAUUAACUGUGGCCUUAAAUAUAUGUACGGAAGUUAAUGACUCAUCUCUGAGUCAGAAGGAUAGUUGUGAAUUAUUAUAGGCUCUUAAACAUAGAAAAGCUCUUGUAGUGGUGCUUUGAGGCCUGGUGCUUCCAUCCCGCCAUGUCCCAUGGUUGACUUGGCAACACAAGUAGAUCAAAUCUAACAGGAACAUAAAGUGCCAAAAAUAAAUUUGAAUUAUUGUUACUGUACAUUUCAUUUCCAGACAAUGAUUUCCAGAAGCCUCCUGUUGUAGUGAUAUGCCUAGUAUUACCGCUUUACAAUAGUCCUGCAUUUCUAGUGUAUUCCAUCAAAAACAAAGGCUUUAGAAAAGCUAUGGACCAAAUAUGGACGUUAAUGUGCCGUCUCCUAUUGAACAUUACUUUUUUGCUCCAUCCUUAAUGUUUUCAGGAACAAGACACUGUCCCAGUCCAUCCCUUCCACCUUUUGUCUGGGUAGCAGUCAGAAUCAUUCAACUCAAUAUCAGUAGGCAUAUGGGAAUAUGAAUAUACUCUAGAAACAUUUUUUUUCCAUUCUUGGGACUGAUUUUAGACCUGGGACAGUAGUUGGGGGCAAUUCAUUAUCAGUUAGAACCGAACCAGCAGAAGCUGCACCUCGUAGGAUAAAAUUCCAUGAUCCACGAGCAGAUUGCCUCUGUAUGACUGUCUCUGUGCCCUGGUCUGGGAAAUGUUAUCCCUUAUGUCCCAGCACAUCCAACUGGAUGACUUCAGAUUUCACAAUAGCGCAGAGAUAAGAAAGAUAAGUAAGAAAGUCGACGGACCCCCUUAACACUCGGCACUAUUAUCAAUACUGGAGCCAUUGCCAUUACCUUCGUGGCAACUUUAAUGCUGUGUUUUCAACUCCCCUGCUUAGGCCGCUAUAAAUAUUUAAAGGCCUAUCUGUAGCUGAACCUGUAUUAUUCAGGAGUUUGGGUCCUUUCAUUAUUGAAUAAGGUUCUCAGGGAUAGUGAAAACAAAGGGAACUAGCUUGUUUGCAUUGCAGUUGGAGGGUUUUGUGCUCUAGAGUCUCCACAUUUAAAAUAACUGUUUACAUUUGUCUUGUAUGAAAAAUUAAAUGUAUAGAUUAAAAUGGUCGUUUACAUUUCCUGUGCUGAAUCAUGGCAGGAAGUAUUUUUUUAAAACAUGGUCCAUAUGGGGGUUAAUGAACUAAUACAUUGGUAUUCUAAAUGGGCUACUUCCAAAUUAGGUCAGUCUGGAAUGACUGCUGACUGACAGAACGAUAUCUCCAUUUUAAUGUUACCAUUACAUUUCUGCAACAUGCAAAACGAACUGCAUCAGAGUGUUGGAAUACUGCUUUACUGCUGUUUUGAUGUGCCGUUAUUUUUCUGUUGCUCAUUUUCUUUGUCUCCUUUCACUAUUUUUUCUUCAUUACAUGGCCUCAGUUCUAGCAAAUGGUUGAAGACUUUACAUAAACCUUCAUAAAGACAAAGGUUGUCCCAAAGCACUUCGUAUUGUGUGUAAACUGUCACACCUAUGCCAAGAAGUCAUUGUUGCAAUUUGUUGAUUUUCUGUGCCCAGCCAUAUGUACAGUUUUGCACCUUUUUGAAUAAGGACUUUGCAAAAAAUAAACUCAAACAUUUCCAAGA